CCGGGCAGCGACGGCGGCGGCGCCUUGCCCGAGCAAAGCAGAGCAGAGCAGAGCAGAGCAGAGCAGCGAAGUUCAGGAGGGAGCAGGCGCCGCCGCCGCCUCCUCCUCCGCCGCCUGCUCAGCCCCGGGCGGGCGCGGGGCGUCCAUGCGCGCGGCGGCGGCGGCGGGGCGCAGCGUUCAGCCGCGGAGCCGCCCGCUGCACGGGGGACAUGGAGGCGGCGGGGAAGCAGCCGCCUGCAGCGCAGCAGCGGGAGCGCCCGGCCAGCCUGCUCGUCCCCACCUGGACUAAAACGAGUAUUGCAUUGUUAUAUGAUGACGGAUCUGAAAAUGCCUAUGACAUCCGACUUAAGCUUACCAAAGAGGUACUAACAAUUCAAAAACAAGAUGUCAUCUGUAUUAGUGGAAGUGAUUGCAGUGCAAAUCACAGAACUGUUACACUUCGUAGACAACCAGUUGGUGGCUUGGGCUUAAGUAUAAAGGGUGGUGCUGAGCAUAAAGUGCCUGUCGUCGUAUCAAAAAUAUUUAAAGACCAAGCAGCUGACCAAACAGGAAUGUUAUUUAUAGGAGAUGCAAUAAUACAGGUUAAUGGCAUAAAUGUAGAAAAAGCUACCCAUGAAGAAGUGGUACAUCUACUGAGGAAUGCUGGCGAUGAAGUUACCAUCACUGUUCAGUACCUCAGGGAAGCUCCAUCAUUUCUAAAGCUCCCAUUAGGUUCCCCUGGACCAUCCAGUGAUCACAGCAGUGGAGCUUCCUCACCUCUCUUUGACAGUGGUUUACAUUUAAAUGGAAACUCAACUAACACAGCUCCAUCAUCACCUUCCUCACCCAUAGCUAAUGAACCAAAAUAUGAGAAGCGCUGGCUAGACACCUUAUCAGUUCCUCUCUCGAUGGCUCGAAUCUCAAGGUACAAAGCUGGAACAGAUAAAUUAAGAUCUAAUGCAUUUGAAGUGCUGGCACUUGAUGGAGUUAGUACUGGGAUACUUCAGUUUUAUACAGCCCAGGAGAGUGCUGACUGGCUGAGAGCAAUAUCAACAAACAUCAGUGAUUUGACACUUCAAAAUAUGAAAAUGGCAAAUAAAUGCUGUACUCCUGCAGACCAGAUCAUACAUAUGGGAUGGGUGAAUGAGAGACUUGAUGGAACUGAUUCAUCUCAGAUAUACAAAUUCAAGUUCCUGGCACUGAAAGGUUCAUCCUUCUACAUUUUCAGCAGUCCACCAGUGAGCACACUAGACUGGGUACGAGCUGAAAAAAUCUAUAACCUCUGUGAGGUUCUGUUUAAAGUUCACAAGCUCUGGCUUGCUGAUGAUUGCUGGCUGCAAGCAAAGUUAUAUUUAGGUAUUCAUCAAGACUAUGAUCUUGAAGACCCGAGACCAUACUGUUUCAGUGUCAUGGUUGGACAUGGCAAGAAUCAUUAUUUCAAUGUAGAGCUGGCCAAUGAGUUAGCAGCAUGGGAGAAAUCAUUUCAGAGGUCAAUUUUCUUGGAAGUUCAAAGAACAGGGUCUAAAACAUAUAUGUGCAGUUGGCAAGGAGAUUCCCUGUGCUUCACAGUUGACUUUGCUUUGGGAUUCACCUGUUUUGACAGUAAAACAAAGAAUGUACUUUGGAGGUUUAAAUUCUCUCAGCUCAAGGGCUCUUCAGAUGAUGGAAAAACAAGAGUAAAGCUACUUUUUCAGAAUCUAGACACCAAACAAAUUGAGACAAAGGAACUUGAAUUUCAGGAUCUGACUGCAGUUUUACACUGUAUUCACUCAUUUAUAGCAGCAAAGGUGGCAUCAGUGGAUCCAGUAUUUAUAGACAGCCAGAGUAUUGCAAGAAAAUAUAUGUACAGUAACUGAAUUCAAUCUCCAUGUUGUGAUUAUGGAAAAUAAAUUAUUUUCUUAAAGAAAUUAGCUAUUUCCUUCACAAUAUUGCAAUUCUGUGUGAUUUUAUAAGGAGUCUAUUGUUGUGCUACCAAUAAAUAUUACUGGUUUCACAUUUUGUUCAUGAGUUAACAAACAAUUUGAACUGAGCCAGUUUGUUAUCUUUAGCACUAUUCGAAAACUGAAAUAAAAUAUUUCCAAUGUUAUUUUGAGCUCCUCAAAAUCACACUGUCAUGCAUGCAUUACAUAAAAUGCAGGAUCAGGGCUUUUAAAUUGCUUGUCUAAAAUUGGGCUCUUGAAUCCACAUGAUGUUUAAAAAAUAAUGGGCACACAGACGAGUCCAACAAGACUUCUCUUUAGAACACAGUGCAAAUUUUCAGAAGUUCUUAGGAAAGUCUGUGGGCAGGUAUACUUUAAUCCAUUUUAAAAGGGUGGGAGGACUUGACACUCAGGAGUGUGUAUCAGUCUACUCUAAUUUAACUGUUACAUUUGUCCACAAUUGUAUAAGUAACCCAAAAUGCUGAAAGUUUAACCCUUAAUGAAGUAGGAUAAAGUUACAAACCAGACAGAUAUAAAUGUUACGGCAGAACAUAUUACUCUACUCAUUCAUAUACCACGUACCCUUGGAUAAGACUGUCUUACCUGACACAGCACAAGCUCACCAUGCCUGAAUGCUGGCCUCAGGAGUAGAGUCUACUUAAUAUCACUGCCACCCUGCUUGCUGCUCAGCCAAAACCUCACAGUUUAACCCUCUUGAAGUUGCUGCUGAAUUGGCAGCAACUUUUGGUGAAAUAUUAAGCUGAACACCCAACAACUGCCACUAGUUUGGCAGUAGCUGCAAGCGAGUAAUUUUUUUAGCUGUAGAGCUGUAGGGGACAAGAAUGUGACACUGAGAAGUGUAUUCUGCCCCUGGUUCAUGCAGGAGGGAGCCAACCACAGCGUCCCCAGCAGCCAUUCCAGCAUCGCCAUGCCAUUGUUUUGACAUAGAAAACAAUUUUUAACCUUAAGAAAUGCACCCAGAUCAGUUUCUGCAGUUAACACAUGCACCUCAAUGGCUAAUUUUUGUUAAUGUGUUUGGUAUGCAAGUAAAGACAAUAUAUCUGUUGAAUGUGAUACUCACCAAACUAUUACUGUCCAAUACCAAAGUUAGUUGCCUAAUUCCUAUGAAAGCUAGUGCAGGUUGGGCAUCUAUUUUGGUUUGCUGUAACUGAGUAUCUUCUACCAAGCCAGUAGCCACAGCCUGCAAAGCACUGAAUACUAGCCUUGAUCCAGAAAAGUAGUUUAGCAAAUGCUUAAUUGUAAGCAUGUGAAUGUUACCAUAGCUUAAAGUUCAGCAUGUAUUUAGGUGCUUUGCAGACUAAGCAAAGACCAUUUCAAACCUUGUAGGAUCAAGCCAUGAAUUGGAUGAAGAGCCUAACUUUAGGCACUCCUUUUUAAAGUUUUGGUCAUGGAUUUUCCCCAUCCAUUGAUAAAAAUACUCAUUGCUCAUUCAUGUACUCAUUAUGGAUAACAUUCAUAUGUCUCCAGCCCUUGGUUGUAACUCUUUGAUCAUCUUCUUUAAUAAUUAUUUUGUUUGGAGAGGAAUGGUAUCAAAUAUAAAGUAGGUGCAACUUUCCAUAAAAAAAAUUCUUUCACAUCUGCACACUUCCUCAGUGUUUUCUGAAUAUCAAAUUCUGACCUCAUACAUACACACAAAUUUAGUUCCCAUUAUUAGGCUGCCUCUGAUUCAGGAAAGAAUACAGAACUAGUCAGGACAUGUUCCUAAUCUACAUCUGUACAGAGUUUUGCUUCUGAACCCAUUUGUCUGAAUGCACAGUUUAGAAAUGAUGAGCGUUUUCAUCUCAGGGCCCAUUCACACCAAACAACUUCUAGCAUUCCAUGUUGCCAUGAUAAAAAUUGUGUAUGUUCUCAGAGCACUUGCUGAAUUGAAUUUGGAGCAUCUGACACUAAAAAAAAAUAGAAAGACAAAAAGACAGAAAGAAAACUGUAAAUAUAAUAACUAUCUGUUUCAGAUUGUUAUCA